AUGCCACCAAACUCAACAACAACAACAGUAACAACCAACGAACAAGAUUUACAAGACCAUCUUGGUAAUAUUAUCGUCGUUUCAAACCGUCUACCAGUGACUAUCUCCAAAAAUGAAGAAACAGGCCAAUACGAUUAUAAGAUGUCCUCAGGUGGGUUAGUAACCGCAUUACAAGGUCUUAAAAAGACAUCCACUUUCCAAUGGUACGGUUGGCCCGGUUUAGAAAUCCCACAAGAUGAACAAGAACAAGUGAAAAAAGAUUUAAAGGAGAAAUUCAACGCUAUCCCAAUCUUCAUGUCUGAUGAAAUCGCUGAUUUACAUUAUAAUGGUUUCAGUAAUUCUAUCUUGUGGCCUUUAUUCCAUUAUCAUCCUGGUGAAAUUAAUUUCGAUGAAAAUGCAUGGUUAGCUUAUAAUGAGGCUAACAGGACCUUUGCAGAUGAGAUUAUUAAGAAUUGUCAUGAUAAUGAUUUGGUUUGGGUUCAUGAUUAUCAUUUGAUGUUGUUACCUGAAAUGUUGAGAGAGAAAUUUAAUGCUAAAAAAUUGAAGAAUAUUAAAUUAGGGUGGUUCUUACAUACUCCAUUCCCUUCAAGUGAAAUUUAUAGAAUAUUACCAGUGAGACAAGAGAUUUUGAAGGGUGUGUUGAGUUGUGAUUUAUUGGGGUUCCAUACUUAUGAUUACGCUAGACAUUUCUUAUCUUCGGUACAAAGAGUUUUGAAUGUUAAUACGUUGCCCAAUGGUGUAGAAUAUGGUGGUAGAUUUGUUAAUAUUGGGGCUUUCCCCAUUGGGAUUGACGUGGAGAGUUUUAAAGACGGAUUGAAAAAACCUGAAGUUCAACAAAGAAUGAAAGAAUUGAAGGAUACUUUCAAAGGUUGUAAGAUCAUUGUUGGUGUAGAUAGAUUAGAUUAUAUUAAGGGAGUCCCACAAAAAUUACAUGCUAUGGAAGUCUUCCUUAAUGAACAUCCAUCAUGGAUCGGUAAAGUGGUGUUGGUUCAAUUGGCAGUACCAAGUCGUGGUGAUGUGGAAGAAUAUCAAUAUUUAAGAUCAGUAGUGAACGAAUUGGUCGGAAGAAUUAAUGGUCAAUUUGGUACAGUUGAAUUUGUUCCAAUCCAUUUCAUGCAUAAGAGUAUCCCAUUUGAUGAGUUAAUUUCCUUGUACGCUAUAAGUGACGUUUGUUUAGUCACCUCUACAAGAGAUGGUAUGAACUUAGUUUCAUAUGAAUAUAUUGCUUGUCAAGAGGCAAAGAAAGGUUCUUUAGUAUUAAGUGAAUUUACUGGUGCCGCUCAAUCUUUGAACGGUGCUAUUAUAGUUAAUCCAUGGAAUACUGAUGAAGUUUCAGACGCUAUCAAUGAAGCAUUGACUUUACCUGAUGAAAAGAAAGAAGCCAAUUGGGAAAAAUUGUAUAAGUAUAUUUCAAAGUAUACUUCCUCCUUUUGGGGUGAAAAUUUUGUUCACGAAUUGUACAAUACUUCAACAUCUUUAUCAAAGGAUUAA